AUGAGCAAAUACUCUCCGGUCAGCGUCCUCGAAGACGAAUCUAUAGCACCUAGCCAGCGAAUUAAUUGUAGGGGAAACCUAAGACGGCUAUUGCUAAUCUUACUAUUCUUCGCACUUACAAUCGUUACACUUUGGAACGUCGUUCCUGGUCUAUUCCUAAACGUUAAGAAUUUCGACGAUAACAGUCUCGCUCCACCAAUGGAUCAUAGCACACCCAGCGGAGGCAAGGUCAUUGCGGGAUAUUUUGUCUCGUGGGGUAUAUACGCUCGUGCUUUUACUGUAUCGGACUUGGAUCCGUCUAAACUUUCGCAUAUACUCUACGCCUUUGCCGAGCCCAAUGCCGACGGCACGGUCAUUCUUAAAGAUCCGUGGGCUGACACCGACAAACACUUUGAUGGCGAUUCGUGGAAUGACACGGGAAACAAUCUUUAUGGAAAUUUCAAACAGCUAGGUUUGUUGAAAAAGAAGAAUAGACACCUGAAAGUUAGCUUGUCAAUCGGAGGGUGGACGCUAUCGAAGAACUUCCCGACAAUGGCUGCUCACAAAUCGUCAAGACACAAGUUUGUCGAGUCAUCUAUUGCUCUGCUCAAUGAUUUAGGCUUGGAUGGAUUAGAUGUUGACUGGGAGUAUCCAGAAAACAGUAACGAUGCUCGUAACUAUGUUACACUUCUUCAAGAACUUCGUCAAGGACUAGACGAAUAUGCAUCUUCGAAAAGAGAGACAAAUCGAUAUCUUUUAACGGCCGCGGUGCCAGCUGGUGCAUCCAAGUAUCGUAUCCUCGACUUGAAUGGGAUGAGCAAAUACCUCGAUUACUUUUAUUUGAUGGCCUACGACUUUUGCGGUUCGUGGUCGGAUGUCGCCGGACAUCAGGCUAAUCUUUAUGCAGGCGAUCUCAAUAUUGAUAUGGCCGUUAGAUACUAUAUCGAGCAUGGUGUGCAUGCUCAUAAGAUCGUGAUUGGCAUGCCAUUGUAUGGCCGUGCAUUUAGAAACACCAGCGGAGUUGGUGGAAGGUUCAACGGCGUUGGAGAGGGAACUUGGGAAGAAGGUGUCCAUGAUUACAAGAAGCUGCCUCCCAAUGAUGCGGAUGAAAUCGUGGAUCAUGUUGCAGUCGCAGCAUACAGUUAUAAUAGCAAUAGCAAAGAGCUUAUCAGUUAUGAUAAUCCCCACGUCGUUGCACGUAAAGCUCAAUAUAUAGUUGCAAUGGGUUUGGGAGGGGCAAUGUUCUGGGAAUUGAGUGCUGACCAUCCAACCGACAACGAACGGUCGCUAUUAAGAACUGUGUAUAAUGAAUUACAUGGAAGUACAGAGAUGGACAGGACACCAAAUCACAUCUCAUUUCCUAAAAGUAAAUAUGAUAACGUUAAAGCCGGCUUUGAGUGA